AUGAAGGGAGUAGUCAUAGCCAUGGUUGUUCUAGCCAUGAUUCAGCUCAUGGUGGAGCCAGGCUGGGCCAUCUCUUGUGGCCAGGUUGAUGGUUAUUUGGCCCCGUGCGUGCCCUACCUCAUUGGAGGAAGUGGAAGUCUUGCACCUACAUGCUGUGAUGGGGUCAAAAACAUCAAAGGGAUGGCCUCAACCACAACUGACAAGCGAGCAGCAUGCAACUACGUAAAGCAGGUUGCCAAAGCAGCAUCAACUAAGGUGGAGUGGAUCAAGACCGAAACAAAGCAAGGGAAUUUUGGUGUUGUCAAAUAA